GCAUCUCGGCGAGCCAAAUACCAGUUUUUGGCUCUCACGAACUGCGAAUAACGAAGUGUUGGCCAAGUCGCCGUCAGUUACCAAUCGCAGCUUGAGUCGAAAGGCAAUAUUAUCCAGCCAUGAAGCAGUUUAUAGUUUUGGUCGUUUGUUUGAUCGGUGCCACCUGGGCCGAUGUGUCCCACUUGGUCACCCCGGAGCCAAAGGUUCCGGCUAGUCCGUAUGUGUUCAGCUACCAGGCUGGUCGAGCUCCCGGACAUGUGGAUCGUCAGCACACUGAGGUAUCUGAUGGAUCGGGUGUCAUUCGCGGAGCUUUCUCCUAUGUGGACCCCAAGAACCAGGUGCGCACCGUGCAGUACGUGGCCGACGAGAACGGUUUCCAUCCACAGCUGAGCCACAAACUGGAGGACAGUGCCGCCGUCCAGGCAGCCAAGCAAAGGCAUUUCCAGACCUACAAUCGAAUUGCGCAAGAACAUGCUAGUUACACACCAGGCCAAGCGGCACUGGCAGCCGCUCCGCAUGCCAGCGCCGCCGUUGCACAUGCCACCCAGAAGCACCUGAGCGCAUUCGAGCGCAUUGCAGCCGAGCACGCGGCCAUUGGACGCCAGCAGGAGGCACAACGUCUGGCACUGGCCGCCCAAUCCGAGCAUGGUGACGUCGAAGAUGGUCAGUACCAUCCUUAAAGGGUGAUGUGCAUCAAGGGCAAACUGUAUUAAAUGAAAAUAAAACAGGAUUUCGUGAUUAUCCCAAUCGAAAAUCAAACAAAGAUUAACGAAAUAAACAUGAAAUCAAAUAACAAGGAAAUAUUGUCGAUUUUUAGUUCUUUACCAAAUAUUAUCAUAAUAUAAUAAUAAAUUGUAAUUGUAAUUGGUUUGUUAAUUUAAA